CAUUCAUAUAACAUAUAUGAGAUACCCCUUUGCACUUGCAGCAGAGCCAAGAAGAAACACUGGUUUGUCCAGUAAGAUCAGUGAGAAUAUUAUUAUGUUUAAUGGCACACCGAGAACCCACCAUUAACAUUUUACACACUCAUGGUGAUCUUGCGUAAAGAGGCUAAAUAUACACAAUACGGCUCGCUUAGGUGAAAUAUGACAAACGGGUCAAGCAUUUUUUUAAGGUUUAUGAUUUUCACUUUCUCGUUAUUUAUGCGAAUUAUAGAAUUCCUUAAACAGAUGCAACGUAAGCUACAGGCAAAAUAUCUGAAACGCUAAUCAUUUGAUAUUCGUUCAUCAGUUUAUACAAGCCCUACUCUGACCAAUUCUUCAGGGAAAAAAAGAGAACAAACACACUUAUGGGAUCACGUUCGAUGUCUUUAUCAUUGUGCUCAUGUGAAUUGGACCAUCAGACAAUGCAUUCUGAAGCGACGUAUUCUUUGGGAUACGGGAAUAUUUGAGAACAGAAAAUAACAUAUUUUAGAAUAAAUACGUCUGUGGAGUGCUCACCAUGAAGAAUAACAACGCAUCUAGAGACCUGUCUAUGGAUGUUCUGCCUGAACUCUUCGACCCCGUCAAAGCUAUGGAGGAGAUGCGGGUGUUCUGCACCGCCUACUUCGCAGAGAACCCGCCCUAUAAGGCAAAUGUCUCGAAAGCCUGUUUGGAAAAUGGCACUUGGGGCCCAGCCAAUUACAACGCGUGCAUGGUCAGCGAACCCAUGAAUAACAUAUUGGACUAUCUGGACCCCAAAGACCUCAUGGGAGUUCGCAUUAUCUACAAUAUCGGAUACACUAGCACUACCAUUACCCUGUUCAUCGCACUUUUCAUUCUGCUUUACUUCAGGAGUUUGCGCUGUCUCAGAAACAUUAUCCAUUGCCAUUUCAUCGUUGCUUUUAUCUUUAAAAACAUAUUCUGGCUUGUGCUACACAACGGGCUUGCUAGAGUUCUGAUCUCGGGACCCCCGAAGUGGGUGUGCAAAGUAUUCGUCUUUGGUUACAACUACUUCCAUACCACCACCUUCUUCUGGAUGUUUGUUGAGGGUCUUUACCUUUUCACCAUCAUCGUAUGGGCGUUCUCUACACAGAAGAUACGGAUAUGGCAUUACGUCAUUAUUGGUUGGAUCAUCCCCAUGGUGUGUGUGUUGGCGUGGGCAGUAGUCAAAGCGAAUCUGGAGGAUCUAGUUUGUUGGCUGCCAUUGCCGUAUGUUGAGAGAGUGCCGGCCUAUGACUUUGUCCUGUACGCUCCAACCAUUGUGGUCUUGGUGUGUAAUGUGAUGUUCAUCAUGGUCAUUGUCUACGUGCUGGUCACUAAACUCAGAGCCUCUAACUCCAUGGAGAUUCGGCAGUCCAGGGGAUGUUUGUUGCCAUUUUCUACUGCUUUUUGAAUGGAGAGGUGAGGUUGCUGCUGCGAAAAAAGAUCAACGCACUUCAGGAGAGUCGAACGUUUACCCGCUACACCAAAUCAUCGCUAUUUGGCAGCCCACGUCGAUCAAGUUGCUACGCAAUGACAGUCACGACGACUAAUGGGAAGGCAGGCGGGGUCAAAAGAGCCUCGGACGGAAGUGCCAGGUCCAAAGGGUCAAGGGCGGGAGAGCAGGAGACAGAGGCCAGCGCUUCCAUGAUGGAGAACAUGUUGUAGGACACGACUGGACAUUGGACUGGUUGGGAAGGGGGGAGGGGAGAGGGGGUUGUGGUUGUCCAGGUACAGGGUCAGACUGAUAUACUGAGGCAGUUGUGGAUUUUCAAAGAGAAGGAAAGUUACUGAAAGAAAAAAAUGGUGAAUCAAAGCGAGAAUGAAUGAAUGAUAAAAGAAAUAAAGAGAAAAGUAUAAAAUAAAUGAAAGAACGUAAAUAUAAAUGAAGGGAGAAACAGUGAAAGACAGAAAUGAUGAAUGCAAGAUAGAAAGAAAAAGUGAAAGAAUGAAGGAGUGGACAAAAUAAAAGAAAGAAAGAAAGAAAGAAAGAAAGAUAGAAAAAUACAUACAAUACAGAAAGGGAAAAAUAUGCUUCACAAUGUUGACACGUAGAUGAGAGAAAUUCGGAGAAAUAAUGAAUUUCUCAGACAUAAUGUGAAAAACACGAGGGUUAUUCCAGCAUUAACAAGAAAAAGCUGUCAAAUGAAAAGUAGUGCAUUAAUAAAGAUACAGUUUACACAGUUGGCUAGACCUUUGACAUGUUUAAAACUUUCUCACUAUGAAUACUUUUAUGUUCUGCUUCAAUUUCAGUAGGAUGUUUGUUCUCUUUUGCGGGGAGAAAGCGAAUUACCGAACCGUUCAUAGCUCUUCUUUUGACCAUGUUGGUUUAGUAGUUGCCAUCUUUGUUGUGACGUAAUAAAAUGGUAGCAUUCAUUUUGUUCACAAAAAUUAACAAUUCCAGGAACAACUACUUUUUACCACAUUGAAAAAUAUUAGAUGGUCAUUUAAAUAUGGCCAGUUGCCUGUUUAUUCUUCGACAGCCGUCGUAUAAUUGAAAAUACGUACAACAAAAAGUUUUAAAAAAUAA